AUGCUAUGGCCUAGAACCGCUGUUCCUCGCGGAUUAGCCAUGAAACAUCUCGCUAAUCUUCAGUUACGUUUUCAGAAAAAAGAAACACCUCUGGCUUUUGUCUCUGUGGCAGAGGCUCAUAGCCAUCCUUCAUCUCUUGCAGUCCCUCGAGAUACAUCAGUACCUUCUAAGCGAAAGAGCACUGAUGUCUCUAUUGACAAUAAUGAUCAAAAUGAUUCUUCCACCAGCGAUGAAGUUCAUAGACCUUCUCAUCGUCGCCGCAUGCAUAGCAAUGGCCAGAAUGAAUCUUCCGCCAGCGAGGAAGUUGAGAGGCCCGAUGAGGGUGGUGUGUCCACACAUAUGGAUCUGCAGUUGGACUCCACGUCCGACUCUUCGUCAGAAUCUCCUUUGACACCUACUCAAGCCCAACGGGAACUUGCUCCCAUCAGCGUGAUAGUUCCUUCACCAGCCAAAUUGAACGAAUUAACUGGAAGAGAUUUUUCCAUCAAUUUUGAGCAAAAAAAAUCUGCUGCUCGACGUGCCUAUCCAAAGGCCCGGAUCAUUGAUCGUUCCAAGAUUUCUUUUCCUGAAUGGGAGAAUACAGAGCGUGAACCGUGUCCUCCCGACCUGAUCCGCCGGUCUCUUAACCAGAGACUGGAGAAGAUCGCAGGACCAGAAAUCUUCUUUAUGAUCGACGAGGAGAGGCUUGGACUGCUGACUGCAAAUUUCCAAUUUGUAGAUGAUUACAUUCUUGGUGAAGGCACUUCUCCAGUUGAUGAAGCGUUCAAUUACGGAUGCAAUUGUGUUGGCCCUUGCGAGCCUACCAAAUGCGACUGUCUCCACAAAGAGAUUGAUUCGAACGAACUGAUCGUUCCGUACCACCGCUCGCCAACUGGUCAGAUGGUGCUUUACCCUAGUUUUCUGGAGCGCAAGUCCAUGAUAUCGGAGUGCAACUACAAGUGUAGUUGCAGUGGUGAUUGCUGGAACAAUGUAGUCCAGCGCGGUCGUCAAAUUCGUUAUGAGAUUUUCGACACCGUCGCUCGUCUCCGCUCGCCCGACAACAUUGUUACCGGUCAAUUUAUCGAUCGAUAUCUCGGCGAAGUAAUGUCAAAAGAAGCGGCCGAUGCACGCGAACGAUGCAACGAGGGCCAGUCGUACCUCUUCGGCCUCGAUUUUGUUGUCGACGACGAAACAAUCUACGUCAUCGAUGGGCAAAAGUUCGGAUCGGCCACGCGUUUCAUCAACCAUUCUUGUAACCCGAAUUGCAAGAUUAUUCCCGUUUCCACGUCAAAUCACGGCGAUGAUCGCCUUUAUUACCUUGCCUUCUUUGCCGUCUGCGAUAUCCCUGCCGGAACGGAACUUACCUUUGACUAUAACCCCUCGUGGGAUGGGUCGAAGGUAGUUAACCCCGAUGCAGUGCAGUGUCUCUGUGGAGAGAAUAAUUGCCGUGGCCAACUAUGGCCAAACGCGCGCAAGGGACCAGGUGCUGCCUGA